GGUCGGCGACAGUCUUAGGGAAGUAGCGGAGGAGGCAGCUUACUACGCGCGCUUACUUUGUUUUCGGUGCCAAGAGACAACCCUGGAAUAGAUGGCGUAGGUCUAGACGAAGUGCAGAGUGUCUCUCUCCGUUCAUUAGAUGGCUGGGGAGACUGUUGAAAAGAGAGAGCGAGAUUCCUCACCCAUCAAAGAAGAGCGGAGACGCUCACGCUCACCAGACCGGGAACGUGAUCGAGAACGUGAUAGGAAAGGUUCACCUGCUGCUAAGGAGAGGAAGCGACACCGCUCUCGUGAGAGGAGAAGAGGUAGUCGGUCAAGAUCCCGGUCUCGGUCCAAGUCAACUGAGAGGGAACGACGGUAUAAAGAAAGAGAGCGAGACAAAGAACGGGAGCGUAGCAAAAAGGACCGGGAUCGUGAGAAAGAUGGGCACCGGAGGGACAAGGACCGUAAACGUUCGAGGAGCACCUCUCCAAGUCGGAACAAAUCUAGGAAGGACAGGGACUCGCGCAGAGAUGAGGAGGAGGAUUCAUUGUCGAAGAAGGAAAAGGCCCAGCCACUUUCUCUCGAGGAGUUGCUUGCCAAGAAGAAAGCUGAAGAAGAGGCAGAAGCUAAGCCCAAAUUCCUUUCCAAGGCAGAACGAGAGGCCGAGGCCUUGAAGCGCCGGCAGCAGGAGGUGGAGGAGCGGCAGCGGCUGCUGGAAGAAGAAAGGAAAAAGAGAAAGCAGUUCCAAGAAAUGGGACGGAAAAUGCUAGAAGACCCCCAGGAGAGGGAGCGACGUGAGCGGAGAGAACGCAUGGAACGAGAGACUAAUGGGAAUGAAGACGAGGAGGGGCGGCAGAAAAUCCGUGAAGAGAAAGACAAGAGCAAAGAGCUACAUGCCAUCAAAGAGCGGUACUUAGGUGGGGUCAAGAAGCGGAGACGUACUCGGCACCUGAACGACCGCAAAUUUGUCUUUGAGUGGGAUGCUUCAGAAGAUACUUCCAUUGACUACAACCCCUUGUACAAGGAGCGACAUCAGGUUCAGCUGUUGGGCCGGGGCUUCAUUGCUGGCAUUGAUUUGAAGCAGCAGAAGCGGGAGCAGUCACGGUUCUAUGGGGACCUGAUGGAGAAGCGACGUACGCUGGAGGAGAAGGAGCAAGAAGAGGCACGCUUGCGCAAGUUGCGCAAAAAGGAGGCCAAGCAACGUUGGGAUGAUAGGCAUUGGUCUCAAAAGAAGCUGGAUGAAAUGACAGACAGAGACUGGCGUAUUUUCCGGGAGGAUUACAGCAUCACCACCAAGGGAGGCAAGAUCCCCAAUCCCAUUCGUUCUUGGAAAGACUCCUCAUUACCUCCUCAUAUUCUGGAGGUUAUCGACAAAUGUGGCUACAAAGAACCCACGCCUAUCCAACGUCAAGCCAUCCCUAUCGGUUUGCAGAACCGGGACAUCAUUGGUGUGGCAGAAACUGGCAGUGGUAAAACUGCUGCCUUCCUCAUCCCACUGCUGGUGUGGAUCACCACACUGCCCAAGAUCGAUAGGAUUGAGGAGUCGGAUCAAGGCCCCUAUGCCAUCAUCCUGGCCCCCACCCGUGAGUUGGCCCAACAGAUUGAGGAAGAGACCAUCAAAUUUGGAAAGCCUCUGGGCAUCCGCACAGUGGCUGUUAUUGGUGGCAUCUCACGUGAGGACCAAGGCUUCCGCCUGCGCAUGGGUUGUGAGAUUGUGAUUGCUACACCUGGCCGUCUCAUUGAUGUGCUGGAAAAUCGGUACCUCGUGCUGAGCCGCUGCACCUACGUGGUGUUGGAUGAGGCUGAUCGCAUGAUUGAUAUGGGCUUUGAGCCUGAUGUGCAGAAGAUUCUGGAGCACAUGCCUGUCACUAACCAGAAGCCUGAUACUGAUGAGGCUGAGGACCCUGAGAAGAUGCUGGCCAACUUCGAGUCUGGCAAGCACAAAUACCGGCAGACUGUGAUGUUCACAGCCACCAUGCCACCUGCUGUAGAGCGGCUGGCCCGCAGUUAUUUGCGCCGCCCGGCUGUGGUUUACAUUGGCUCAGCUGGCAAGCCACAUGAGCGAGUGGAGCAGAAGGUCUUCCUCAUGUCAGAAUCAGAAAAGAGGAAGAAACUGCUGGCUAUUUUGGAGCAGGGCUUUGACCCACCCAUCAUCAUCUUUGUCAACCAGAAGAAGGGCUGUGAUGUACUUGCCAAAUCCCUGGAGAAGAUGGGGUACAAUGCUUGCACCCUUCAUGGUGGCAAGGGUCAGGAGCAGCGAGAGUUUGCCUUGUCCAACUUGAAGGCUGGCGCCAAGGACAUUCUGGUGGCCACAGAUGUGGCUGGACGUGGUAUUGAUAUCCAGGAUGUGUCCAUGGUGGUGAACUAUGAUAUGGCAAAGAACAUAGAAGAUUACAUCCACCGCAUCGGUCGAACAGGACGUGCUGGCAAGAGCGGAGUCGCUAUUUCCUUUGUCACCAAAGAGGACUCUGCUGUCUUUUAUGACCUCAAGCAGGCUAUUCUUGAGAGUCCUGUUUCUUCCUGCCCACCAGAACUGGCCAACCACCCUGAUGCCCAGCACAAGCCAGGAACUAUCCUUACUAAAAAGCGACGGGAAGAGACUAUCUUUGCCUGAGUCCAGAGAGGAGCUACUCAUGGGCACCCCCUCUAAUUGUGAUCAAGAACACCUUCUUUCAUUACCUGGAUCUGAGAGCCUCUUGAUGCAAAGAGGCUCUUCCUGUCCCCAGGGCUUAGUCCUUAUGAUGGCAGAGGCUUGUUAUUUUUUUUUCUUCAAAUGUAGAUACACCCCUUGUGCUGUUGAUGUAACACUCAGCACAGAAUUCAGAAGCAUACAAUGGGGACUUGAGUCCAAAAAAGAUGGAAUGUCAUCCAGGGAAUCCUGAUCUAGCCAAAUUUACUGUCUUUGUUUUCCUUGGACCCAAUGUUGAUCUAGAUUGCAAAGCAAAAUUAUUACCCCUUUUGUUGUGAGGCUGAACCAGGCUAAGCAGUGAGCAGCAGUCCCACUUUGCUGAUUUGUUGACACUUGGUGACUUUAUGCUGCUGUGAACAUGGUUGGGAAGCAUUAUAUGUUCGCUUUUCUGCCUGUUCCAUGAGCAAGCAGCACCCUGGAGUAUGGCUCUGUCUGGUGCGAGAUGUAGGUUUGGGGAACUGCAGUUGGAAUGCUGAGACUCUUGCCUUCUUUCAGUGAGGACGUUACCCUCUUUCCAGUCGCAGACUGUUACAGCUCAGCAUGGUAGUAGGAGUCAUAAUGAAAGGGAGAGUGGUUCCUGAAGAAAACAUGUCUUAUGCAGAGGCUAGCCCUAAUGCCACCCCCCUCAGUAGACAGGGGCAGGUGAUGUACAGAAAGAUUCUGAUAUUUUUUUCAAUGAUGUUUUUGUGCUACUAUAAAUCCAUGUGAAAUGUU